AUGUCGAAAGCUCUCGAGUCCAAAUUCCAAACCGCCAUCGAUUCUGGCAAAGUCAAUGGUGCUAUCAUCUGCGCGAUAAACUCCAAAGGAGACUUCGCAUAUAGUAAAGCUCUAGGCCAACGCACCCUUGUCUCCGGAGAGAAACGUCCUCAACAGCUCGAUGAUCUCAUCUGUCUUGCAUCCGCUACCAAGAUCAUAGCCACGAUUGCUUCUAUGCAAUGUGUCGAAGACGGCCUCCUUACACUUCAGGGAGACCUGUCUAACGUUGCACCGGAACUCACUGAAAAGAAGGUCCUCACGGGGUUCAACGCGGAGGACGACACGCCGGUUCUGGAGCCGGCAAAGCGGCCCAUUACACUUGAAAUGCUCCUCACUCACACAGCCGGGACUUCGUAUGACUUCCUAGACCCAGUCGUCGGCAAAUGGAGCAGCAAGUACAAGCCUAAGGAUGACGGCAAGAAGACGGUUGAGGAUACGUUUAUCUAUCCUCUUUCACAUCAACCUGGAGAAGACUGGAUGUACGGAAGUGGUCUGGACUGGGCUGGUCGAAUUGUCGAGCGUGUGACUGGAAACACGCUCGAAGAGCAUUUGUACGAACAUAUUCUGAAGCCUCUUGGCUUGAAGAACGACGCGCAGUUUCAGCCUGUCACAAGAGAAGACUUGCGGGAACGUUUGGUCGAACUAAAUCCCGAUGAUCCAGAGGGUCACGGCCGCGCUGUCAUGGGGGGAGGUUCGAGUAUAAACGAACGCACAGAAGGAUGCUUCGGUGGUCAUGGUCUCACAAUGCCUGCCUCCAUUUUCAUCAAGAUCAUUCAAUCCCUCCUUGCCAACGACGGCAAACUCCUCAAACCCGAGACAGUAGACAGCAUGUUCCAGCACCACACCAGCCCCGAAGCGCACGCUGGCCAACGAGCCAAGCUUGCCGGGCCCAUGGGUUCUUUCUUUCGCGUGGGGAUUGGCGAGGACAUCAAAGUCGGCCAUGGUCUUGGCGGAGUGCUUACUUUGGAAGAUGUCGAUGGGUGGUAUGGGUCCCAUACGAUGACUUGGGGAGGAGGGCUGACGGUGGCGUGGUUUAUCGACCGCAAGAAUGAUAUUUGCGGUAUUGGAGCUGUUUGUGCGGCUUUGCCGCUUGAUGGGGAGACGAUGAAUAUGGCUACUGAUUUGAAGGAUGUUUUUAGGAAGGAUAUUUAUCACGUGUAUGACGAGUGGAAGGGGAAGCAGUAG